AUGUCCCUCCGCACUCCCCUGACCACCUUCCGAAGGACCUUUGUCACAUCAGCACGAUCACUCGCUGAGCCAGCUACCGCCCCUGCUCAAUCGGGCUUCUCACCCCUUCGUGAUCUUCUAGCCUCUUCUUCCUCUUCCUCAUCAUCUUCCCACUUCACCCCUGCUCCUAUCGCCUCAGAGUCUCAGACCGCCACAAGAGGAUACGAUGUACAUUCCAUACCACCCAAAGCUGAUCCUACGAUAGAUCUGUUUACAAAUUGCUUGAUGAAGGAUGGUAAGAAGGAUGAGGCGCAGAAGAUGGUCAGUAGGAUAUUGACGAUGCUAAAUCAAUCAACCAACCUCCCUCCUCAACCCCUCCUGAAACAAGCCAUCAUCUUCUCUUCCCCCUCAAUCAAAAUUCUCUCUAUGCGUAAAUCAGCCAAGACGGUCCUUACCCCUCGAGCCCUCACAGAAAGACAACGUACCAGACAGGGUAUUGCGUGGUUAUUGAAAGCUUCUGAGAAAGGUAGAAAAGGGGGUGUAUCGAGAGAUCAGAGGAUCGCAAGGGAGAUUCUGGGUGUGUUGGAAGGUCAAUCGGAUGUGUUCAAAUGGUUGGAAGAGAGGCAUAAGAUUGCUUAUUUGAAUAGAUCAAAUAUGACUGCUCGAUAG